AGCACCUGAAGCGGUGGAAGGGAAUGAGGGAGUAGAUGAUAUAACCAGAAAGACUUUAAAAUAAUAAUAAUAAUAAUAAUAAUAAUAAUAAUAAUAAUAAUUAAAUCAGAAAUAGACAUAAGUAUACCAUUAUACCAAGUAAAUUCGAAAUAAAAGGAAUAUGGCAGGAAAUGUAGGAUAAGGAAAGAAAAGGAAGGCAUUUGUACAGAGGGAAGCAGGUCUUAAGAGAUUGAUUUGUGUAGGUGGCGGAAAAUGCACAAUAGGUUUGUUUGCCAACCGCCGCAAAACCGGAAGAAGAAGAAGACGACGAAGAAACCACGUGUUUCCGUCUAAAAGUUUAGGCAACAUGGCCAACCUGGAGCAGACAGAUGAUGACCCGAAACUCGGUGUAACCUCGACGGACAAGUCCGCGGUGUUAAACUCCGCUCCGGCUCGCGACGCUUUCGCGGUCCCGUGUCUGAUCCCGAGUUUCGCGGACGCGCGUGAGCUCGUGAACGCGCCGUAUUCGUGUCUCGUGCUGCACACACACCGCAGACACGUCGCUCUGCCGCCUAUGUACCUGAACAAGAAGAAGACCGGGAUCCAGCAAGAGCUCAACGCUGACCUUUUAAAGUACUCCAACAGUUUCAAAGGUGUGCCUUUGGCUUAUGAUGGCAUCAAAAUUAUAGGACAACAUGGGGACAUUUUCGACGACCAAGGCUACAUUCACUUAAACGUCGAGGCAUCGUUUGUGAUAUUCAAGCCACAGGAAAGACAAAUGCUCAUGGGUGUGAUAAAUAAAAUCGGAGUGGGCCAUGUGGGCUGCCUGGUGCACGGCUGCUUUAAUGCCAGCGUGGUGAAGCCAGCUCAGCUCACUACUGAGCAGUGGAGAGACUCGGGGCUGAAGCUGGGAGGCAGCCUGAUAUUCAAGGUGUGUCAGCUGGACGCGGAUGUGGCUGGAGUUCUGCUGAUCAGAGGAAGACUGGAAAAAUCCCGGGUGCAGGAGCUUAUUGAUUCUUUCAGCAGCGCAGACACCGAGCAGGACGAGACAGUGGAAGUGGCCACCGAACCAGACUCGGUCACUACUGAAGACCCCUCGGAGAGCUCGGACGCAUCAAAGCUCAAGAAGAAGAAGAAGAAAAAGGACAAAGAAAGGGACAAGCAGGCUGUGAAGGAGGUGAACAACAACGACACAGACGAGGCCGUGACUCAUCAUGUUAACGGUAACAGAAUGGAGGAUGAUUCUGAUCCCAGCAGCUGUCCAAGGGAGAAAAAGAAGAAGAAGAAAAAGGACAAAAAGCAGGAAUCGGACGCUGCGUUGCCGUCCCCCAGCGCCGAUCUCCCAGGCAGUGAAUCAAGUGGAUACAUCAGUGAUAAAAGCAGUAAAAAGAGAAAAGUGCUCCUCAGAGACGAAGCUGACAUUUGUCCAGCUAAAAAGAAGAAAAGGAUGAAGUGAUGCCUGCUUUUAUACUGGGACUUUUUAAAGUGCUUGAAUGUGUUGUUAGUAAUAUAUCAUAAUGCAAUAAAGGACAGAUCACAGCACCAGGACAUACAGUAUAUUUUCUGUAUAUUUUUGUAACAAUAGGGGGCAGUAUUGAGUUUUCAGUGUUCAGUUUCAGUGUUUCUCAAGCUGAUUUUAAAUUCAAAUUCGAGUAUUAAUGAUGGCAUGAUGUAUAUGGAAGCAAAAAAAGAGAGAGAGAGAGAGAACUGUUUGAGUUUUAAAAGCUUUUGAAUUUGUAGCAUUUUAAAAUAUUUUGAAAACCACAAUUUAAUUUAUUUGUUGAAAUUCUUGAAAUUCAGAGUAGUUUUUCCCCACAUUUUAAAAUUUAUGUUUUAAAUAAAAAAUGAAGCAUCAGUUUUCAAAUAUUCAAAAUGGUAUUCAGACUGCUCAUGCUAGUAUUUAAAUUCAUCCAGUCCCAUUCAGUUUGCAGAAUUCAUUCGAACAAAUAUAAAGAAAAUGCAAUCGAACGUGGAAUAAGAGACUGUAUACUGAUUAUCUAGGGGUGAUGCCCCAAUAGCAAGGCUGAUACCAAGCAUUCUUGUCAAGUAACUCACAAGGACACGACUGGAGGACGUACCUAUAAACAUUUAAGAUGGAUUGUGUACUUCCUAAUACAUCAACCCUGUCUGAGUUCCCCACAUAGUCACAC